AUGGCGUCUCUUCAAGCUUCCAUCGAGCCCUUCUCGGGGAAGGCCUGGACGUCAUGGAUUCAACGCCUUGGAUUCUACUUUGUUGUGAAUUCCAUCACAGCCGACGAGAAGAGGCGAGCCCUGCUCCUGACUCUGUGCGGGCCGGAGACAUUUGAAACCGUCCGCGCACUGGUCGCACCAAAGAGCCCAGGAGAAGUGCCGUAUGAAGAAAUCGUCCAAACCUUGGCUGCACAUUACGACCCACGCCCAUCUGAGCUGUACUGUCGCUGCAAAUUCCAAAGACGCGACCAACAACCAGGCGAGUCCAUUGCUGUUUACGUUGCCGCUUUACGUAAACUCGCCGCGGAUUGUAACUUCGGCGUUGGGGCAUUGCCCGCCGCUGAGGCGACGGCAACCACGGCCGCCGCAACCACCGCGCUCCCCCUGGAUAUCAUGCUACGCGACCGUUUCGGCUGCAGUAUCCGAAACGAGCUCGUUCAACAGCGUCUGUUCGCCGAGAGGGACCUUACUUUUCAGAAGGCUUUCGACCUCGCCGAGAGAGCGGAAAGCGCUGCCCUGCAGCAAAAGAGCAUCAAGCUCGAAACAGAAAAGUUAGAAGUGCACAAAACAAGCCACAAGAAAGGAGGCGCAAAGGGAGAGCAGCACACUCCACGCAAGGCACACUGCUACAGAUGCGACGGCUCGCACGAUCCGGGUGAGUGCAAGUUCCGGAAUUCUUCGUGCAACUAUUGCAAGAAAAUUGGGCACACUGAAAGAGCUUGCAUCGCAAAGAAAAAGCAACGCAAAACUGCUACGCAUCAAAUGGAGCCUAGACCUGCAAGCAGGGAAGAGUCGGGAGACAGUUCAGCAUGGGGCCUUAAUACAGUAAAGAGCCUGCAAGCAUGCCCGAAGUUCAUGGUGCCGCUACGCGUUAACGGGAAGCUUCUAGAGUUCGAAGUUGACUCUGGUGCAGCGUAUUCGCUAAUCAGCAAGGAAACUUACGACAAGAGUUGGUCUACAAAACCACCUCCUCUAGCCCAAGCAGACUUAAACCUCCACACCUGGUCAGGAGAGCACUUGAGCCUCGUUGGCACUGCUCAAGUACAAGUGCGGCACAAGACUAAAGAUUACGUUCUUCCAUUGCAUAUCAUGGAAGGCAGCGGAUGCAACCUUCUGGGCCGUAAUUGGUUCAGUACUCUCAAAAUCCGGCUGCAAGGCGUAAAUCAAACGGAUGAUGCAACGCACACAGAGCCCGCAGUGCUGCACCGCCUAUUAGAAAAGCACGCACGUGUUUUUAAUGAAGAUGUCAUCAGCUACGAGGGACCCCCAGUUCACAUUGAGCUAGAUCCAAACGUCCCACCACGCUUUUGCAAGGCGCGACCGGUUCCUCUUGCGCUCAGACCGGCUGUGAAGGAAGAGUUAGAUCGCUUGGAGAAGCAGGGCAUUCUGCAGCCAGUGCAACACUCGGACUGGGCAACACCCUUGGUGUUGGUUCGGAAAAAGUCCGGAUUGUUAAGACUGUGUGGCGACUAUAGAAGCACAGUAAAUGCAGCGUCCUUGAAAGCGGCAUACCCGCUUCCCACCACUGAGGAGGUGCUGUCGACUCUUAGAGGUGGAAGAAUGUUUUCAACGCUUGAUCUAUUUCAAGCCUAUCAGCAACUUCCGGUCACCGAAAACACAGCAAAAGUACUGACCGUGAACACCAUGAAUGGACUGUACGCAGUCAAGAGACUUCCAUUCGGAAUCUCAGCAGCACCAGCAAUAUUCCAAAAAAUCAUGGAGACAACUCUCGCAGGAAUUCCUGGCACCAGCGUGUACCUCGACGACAUAAUUGUCUGCGGAGAAACGCCAGAGCAACACAACGAACGGCUAGACCAAGUGUUGUCAAGACUGGGUAAUAUGGGCCUGCGCCUACAGAAAGACAAAUGUCGAUUUGGGGACAUGAAUGUGGAAUUCCUAGGACAUCGCAUCGAUGAACAAGGUGUGCAUACAACUGGAGCGAAGGUUAAAGCCAUCAUCGAUGCACCAGCGCCGAAAAAUAGAGUUCAACUCCAAGCAUUUUUAGGCUUGCUUGCUUUCUACGACCGCUUCCUCAAGGACAGAGCGACAGUGGCCUCACGACUGUACAAGCUUUUGCAUAAGGAAACACAAUGGAUAUGGGAGAAGGAGCACCAAAAGGCAUUCGAAGAGUUAAAGAAACUCAUUCGCGACAGCACAGUGCUUGCUCACUAUGACGAGCGCAAACCUCUUCUCCUAUCAUGCGACGCUUCGCCCUAUGGUGUUGGCGCCGUUUUAUCGCAAGUAGAUGAAAGCGGAGCAGAAGCACCUAUUGCUUUCGCGUCCCGAACGCUUGGCAAGGCAGAACGGAAUUAUGCACAACUAGAUCGGGAAGGACUUGCCGUGGUAUUCGGCGUUGAUCAUUUCCAGAAGUAUAUAACUGGAAGACAUGUGACUAUUACAACUGAUCACCAGCCGUUACUCAGCAUCCUCGGGCCGAAAAAGCCGCUUCCGCAAGUCUUGUCACCACGCAUGACCAGAUGGUGCCUGAAGUUGUCCGCUUACGACUACGACCUUGUGUACAGAAAAGGCAGUCGAAACCAGAACGCAGAUGCAUUGAGCAGGCUGCCACUGCAGGGAGAUGACGACGAGCCAUCCCCUCCCGGCGAUGUUCUGAUGCUAGAAUGUGCGAUUGAUCCCCAGCUUUCACCCAAGCGCAUUGCAGAGCUAUCGCGCGAGGACAAAACUCUCUCAGCAGUUAUUCAAGCAGCCCAGCAAGGAAAGCCACGAGUAAUGAAAGGCGACGACUUCCGACCAUAUGUGAAGUUAGCGUCCGAGCUGUCGACGCUACAGGGAUACGGCCAGGCUGACAAUCAGCAAGAGGUGCCGACUGCAGGCGCUCCAGAGUGCUGUGCCACGCCAGCGCCACUCCCAUCCGACGACACUUUGCAGGGACCACCACAGCGGCCUCCGAGACGUCGCCGUCCCCCCGACCGUUACCAAGAUCAGUGGUGA